AUGACGGCUCCAAUGUCGGCCACCGCUGCCGCCCGAGCUGACUGGCGUGCCAUUGCAAUUUGCCUGUUCAUCACCAUUGCAGCCUUCCAGUUUGGCUUUGACUCAUCCUAUUACUCUGGUAUACUGGUGAUGGAGCCCUUCAUCAAAGCCUACGGACACUAUGACAAUGCAACUGGGGGCUAUGUUCUCAGCUCCAGCGUUCAGUCUCUCACGACCAGUAUCAUCAAUGUCGGUGAGCUCGUCGGAGCCGUAUCAUCAUACCUUGUCGAUGACAGACUUGGUCGCCGUGGUGGUCUGUUUGUUUCAAGCACAUUUGUCGUCUUAGGGGUGAUCUUCCAGGUUUCUGCCGACAAGCUUGCUCUGUUGAUUGUUGGACGGCUACUCCUUGGGUAUGCCGUGGGUCUUAUAUCAUGUCUAGUUCCGCUGUAUGUAGCCGACUGUGCCCCGGCCAGGUUCCGUGGAGCUCUGGUUUCUCUCUACCAAUUCGAUGUUGGCCUUGGACUGCUACUGGGUGUGAUCGUCGAUAAUGCGACCAAGAAUCGGAACGACAGCGGCGCUUAUCGGAUCCCCAUGGCGGUGCAGCUGGUCUUCCCAGUCAUACUGGUUCCGGGGCUUAUCUUGUUCGCCCCUGAAUCACCUCGGUGGCUCUUGAAGAAGGGGAAGACGGAGCAGGCCCGUGCAGCCCUCCGUCGCUUGCACGGAAAUCGACCGGACGUGAUUGAAAGCGAGGUUCUCUACAUAUCUGGGACUAUUGAAGAGGAACGCCGCGCUGAAGGUUCAUGGAGGGAGCUACUCCACUGGCAUCAGGACGGUCGCAAAGCAUACCUGGGGAUGGCACUCCAAGCAUGGCAACAAGCGUCUGGAAUAAACUUUAUAACCAGCUACGGAAUCGUGUUUUUCUCUGCCAUAGGGAUGACCAAUUCAUUCCUGAUCCAAAUGGGCCUAUACCUGGUCCCCAUGCCCGCGGUAUGGCUGAAUCAAUAUUGCGUCGAACGCUUUGGUCGUCGUCCCAUGCUCCUGCUCUCGUGCGUCCUCGUCGCCAUUGUCCUUUUGAUUGUCGGCGGGGCCGGAACAGCAUCUCAUAAAACCACGACUCUCGACCGAUUGAUCGUCGCCAUGGUAUACAUCUACAUGAUCGUGUAUAAUCUCUCCUUGGGACCAGCUGUUUGGGUGGUAACCUCGGAAAUAUCUGCCGGACCAAACCGCAGCAAGUUGAUGGCUACGUCGACCGGAGUCAAUUGGUUCUGCAGCUGGAUGGUGACCUUUACGUUCCCCUAUCUCUUCGAUAGUGAUGCCGCCAAUCUCAGUGCCCGAGUCGGCUUCAUCUACGGUAGCUUGAUGGUUGCGGCUGCGGUUUGGAUCUACUUCCUACUUCCGGAGACCUCUGGACGCACGUUGGAGGAAAUUCAGAUCCUCUUCAAGAAUGGCGUAUCCGCCUGGAAUUUCAAAUCUUAUGAGAUCCCCGAAAUGCCAGGUGACUCUGUCAUUGACGAGAAAAAGGAAGCACAUGCUACUGAGGUAGAGGAGGUAUAG